CUUGGAGAUCUCAACAAGAUGGCUGCUGGUGUGAUACGGUCUGUCUGUGACUUCCGACUGCCCCUACCAUCACACCAGCCCUUCUUGCCCACAGACCUGGAGGUUCCAGAAACUUCUGAAGAAGAGGAGGAGGAAGAAGAGGAGGAAGAAGAGGAGGAAGAAGGAGACCAAGAGCUACAAGGCGAGGGGUCACAGGGCUGCAGCUCAAGCUCCCAGAGCUCAGGAGUGGCCCCCCAGAGUCCCAGCAGCCCUGAGACCCCAAUGCAGCUGCUGCGAUUCUCAGAGCUCAUAAGUGGUGACAUCCAGCGGUACUUUGGACGCAAGGACACAGGAGAAGGCCCAGAUGCCCAAGACAUCUACGCUGACAGCCAACCAGCCAGUUGCUCUGCCCGGGAUCUAUACUAUGCUGACCUGGUAUGCCUGGCUCAAGAUGGGUCCCCAGAGGAUGAGGAUGCUGCUGAGCUCAGGGUGCACUUGCCUGGGGGUUCUGAGGGCCAGGUGCACAGGCUGGGCCACAGAGGGGACAGGGUGCCACCACUGGGCCCCCUGGCUGAGCUCUUUGAUUAUGGGCUUCGGCAGUUCUCUAGGCCCAAUGUGUCAGCUUGCCGAAGACUGAGGCUAGAGCGGAAGUAUAGCCACAUUACCCCCAUGACCCAAAGGAAAUUGCCUCCAUCCUUUUGGAAGGAGCCUGUGCCCAACCCACUAGGCCUACUGCAUCCAGGCACACCAGACUUUAGUGAUCUGCUGGCCAGCUGGUCUGCUGAGGGUGGCUCUGAGCUGCAGAGUGGAGGCACCCAGGCCCUGGUGGGGACACAGCUGGCUGAGGUCUAGUGAGUAGGUGGGUCAGGAGUGUGCCUCAGCAGCAGUGGCCCCUUCUAAGGCACCUAGCAUCUUCCUCCUGUAGCCCAGGCCCCGCUCUAGGGGGGCUAUCUAAGUAGCCAUGCAGCUGGCUCUCCCUCAUGAGAGCAGGCCUGAAAGAAUCUGAGUUUAUCCGGAGCCUGGAACUACUGCCACCAGCACUGAGGGUAGGGAGAGCAGCCACUUAUCCAGAUCUGGCCACACCCAGCUACCAGCUCUCGUAGGACCCCACUAUACACAGCAGGACUCAGAACUCUGCCCACAGGAAGCGGAUGGAACUCAGGCAAGAACUGAGUCACUUGUACACUCUUGUCCCUCUGGGAAGACAUUCUUUACCAGGCCAGCCCCAAAAUUCGAGUCAGUAGCAAAGGGCAAGUUGGGUUAGGGAUCAACGCAGGCCAGCCCUCUGCAUCAUCUCUCUGUAGGGUCUGAGCUGGUGAUUUACCUGCUGUCUCCUCAGCCAGGCUGGUGGCAGGCCUGGGAGCCACAUACAGGGUCCAGGUUUUCUUGAGAGGCUAGAAGAGGGACACUGCCUGAGCACACAAAGAAACAUAGAUGUUUACUGUCCAGAUCCAUGCUCACAAGCGGCUUUCUUGGUGGCACUUCAGUGUUAGUGGGCAGCCGGGCAGAGGUUGAUCUUCGAAACCUGGGUGCUCACAGGAAGCUACGGUGUGUCCUGACAGGUGAAGCCUAGGUGCCUCUGCACAGGACCCCCAGGGAACAUGACAGCCUGGCCUUGGACUAGGCAGGG